AUGGCUCAGCUCCUGAACAGCAUACUCACUGUGAUCAAGGUGUUCCAGAAAUAUGCCAAAGAGAAUGGGAAAUGUACCUUGCUUUGCAAGAAAGAGUUGAAGCAGCUGCUCUUGGCUGAGUUUGGAGAUAUCCUCCAGAGACCAAAUGACCCAGACACAGUGGAAACCAUCCUGAGCCUCUUGGAUAAAGACAGAAAUGGACAUGUUGAUUUUCAUGAAUAUCUCUUGUUGGUGUUCCAAUUGGCUCAAGCUUGCUAUCACAAACUGGAUAGUAAGUCAUGUGGAGAUAGAAUCUCCCAGCAAGAAGUGGAGCAGGAGGGAACACAAGACCAUAGGUUUCCAGAAAAUACAGGCAGGCAACACAGGCAGAGGCAUGAUGGAGAAAAGCAGGAUAGGAACUCCCACUAUGGUCAGACUGAGAGACAGGAUAGGGACUCCCACUAUGGUCAGACUGAGAGACAAAAUAGGGACUCCCACUAUGAUCAGUCAGAGAGACAGGAUAGGGACUCCCACUAUGGUCAGACUGAGAGACAGGAUAGGGACUCCCACUAUGAUCAGUCAGAGAGACAGGAUAGGGACUCCCGCUAUGAUCAGUCAGAGAGACAGGAUAGGGACUCCUGCUAUGCUCAGGACUCCCACUAUGGUCAAAGAUGGAGACAUAAAUCUAGCAGUAGCCAGCCUAAAAGACAAGGAUAUAUUUUUGCCUUAAGUCAGUAUGACAAACAAGUUCACAAUUCUCAUUAUGGCCAGAAAAACCAACAGCAAUCAGGCUCUUAUCAUGGACAGUCUCAGAGGAUGGAUCAGGAAUCAGGCUAUGGUCAGAGAGAUAGACAAGAAUUGUACUUUCAAUAUGGCCAGACAGACAGACAAGACCAGCAUUCUCACUAUGGCCAGAGAGACAGACAAGGCCAGAGUUCCCACUAUGGUCAGUCAGAGAGACAAGGCCAGAGUUCUCACUAUGGUCAGACAGACAGACAAGGCCAGAGUUCUCACUAUGGCCAGAUAGACAGACAAGGCCAGAGUUCUCACUAUGGCCAGGAAGACAGACAAAGCCAGAGUUCUCACUAUUUCCAGAGAGACAGACAAGGCCAGAGUUCCCACUAUGGUCAGUCAGACAGACAAGGCCAGAGUUCUCACUAUGGCCAGAUAGACAGACAAGGCCAGAGUUCUCACUAUGGCCAGGAAGACAGACAAGGCCAGAGUUCCCACAAUGGUCAGUCAAACAGACAAGGCCAGAGUUCUCACUAUGGCCAGACAGACAGACAAGGCCAGAAUUUCCAUUAUGGCCAGGCAGACAGACAAGGCCAGAGCUCUCACUAUGGCCAGAGAGACAGACAAGGCCAGAGUUCUCACUAUGGCCAGACAGACCGACAAGGCCAGAGUUCUCACUAUGACCAGACAGAUGGACAAGGCCAGAGCUCUCACUAUGGCCAAACAGACAGACAAGACCAGAGUUCCCACUAUGGUCAGACAGACAGACAAGGUCAGAGUUCCCACUAUGGUCAGACAGACAGACAAGGCCAGAGUUGCCGUUAUGGCCAGACAGAGAGACAAGACCUCAGCUCUCACUAUGGUCAGGUGGACAGACAAGACCAAGGUUAUCAUUAUAACCAGUCAGAUAGACAAGGCCUGAGCUCUUGUUAUGGCUGGACAGACAGACAAGGCCAGGGUUAUCAUUAUGGUCAGACAGACAGACAAAGCCUGAGCUCUCACUAUGGUCAGUCAGCAAUUGGGGUAACAGGGCAAAAUAGUUACCUCCAAGGCAGUGAGGGAGCAACCAGAGACUCUUAUGUUGAGCAAUCAGGAAGGUCAGGGAGACUAAGUCAAAAGACUCAAGGACAUGAAGUAAUUCAAAAUCAAGGGCAGAGAUUCCAGUCUAGGGAAGGCCAACAGAACAGCCAUCGGGCAUGGGAGCCUGAGGAGGAUAGCCAACACGACCAACACAAACUCAUAGCAGAAAUCCAGCAAGAAAAAUCACACAAUUACAAAGGUGGUGACUGGCAGUCAAUUAGUGGCAAGCAGGAACACAGACAGUCCCAGGCCAGGCAAAGUCAUGGAGAGGGGCAGAGCCAGCAGGCAGAGGAAGAGCAGGGCCAACAAACCUGGGGCAGACAUGGUUGUGAGAGUCAAGAAACUCCAUGGGAAAUACAGGCCAGGCAAACCCAUGAAGAAAAACAAAACCAUCAGAGACAGGACAGGCAAACCCUUCAUGAUGAGCAGACCCAUAAGAGAUGGGACAGGCAGACCCAUGAAGAUGAGCAGACCCAUCAGCGACAAGACAGGCAAACCUAUGAAGAUGAGCAGACCUGCCAGCGACAAAAGAGGCAAACCCAUGAAGAUGAACAGACCCGUCAGCGACGAGACAGGCAAACCCAUGAAGAGAGUCAAAACUGUCAACAACAAUGGGAUAGGCAAACCCUUGAGAAGGAAGAAAGAUAUCAAGGAUCCCAGGAUCAACAAUCUUAUGAGAACCAGCAAAGAUGUGCUAAUAGAGAAAAAUUCCACAUGAAUGAAAAUAGCCAGAAGCAAGGUUCCCAGGGAAGACACAGUAACCUGACCUUCCAUCCCACCCAGACUGGUGGGAGGCCCCCAAGGAGAGAACAAGGUAGAAGUCACUCUACCAAAGCAGCUCCUACUCCCAAUCCCCUCUAUGACUAUGUACAAGAGCAGAAAAGGAAUCAGCACUAG